AUAAAAAUAUGAAUUCUUCUUAAUUAAGAGCUCUUUGUCUUUUCAGAAGUCAGCCAAUAAUUGAACACUGUAAACCAACAAAAUUCAUCAAUAAAGCUAGCUCAUCUCAAAAUCAAUCGAAACCUUCACUGCAUUCAGACUCUGAACAUGGAUCCUUCAAUCAAUCUGAAACCAACUGCCGUCCGCCAUGUGGUGGCAAUGCCUCUUCCCGGUCGAGGCCACAUCAAUCCCAUGAUGAAUCUUUGCAAGCUAAUAGCUUCUAAAACAAAUGAUGUCCUCGUUACAUUUGUUGUUACCGAAGAAUGGCUUGGCUUCAUUGGCUCUGAUGCUAAGCCUGACAACUUGGGGUUUGCUUCAAUACCAAAUGUCAUCCCCUCCGAGCUAGUUCGAGGUGUGGAGUUUCCUCGAUUCUAUGAAGCUGUAAUGACAAAAAUGGAAGUUCCCUUCGAGCAGCUCCUUGAUCGGCUUGACCCGCCAGUGACUAACAUCAUAACUGAUUCCGAGCUUUUCUGGGCAAUCCGCAUUGGUAAUUGCAGGAAUAUUCCCGUAGCCUCGCUUUGCACUACAUCGGCAACAUUUUUUUCGAAGCUACAUUAUUUUGGCACCAUACAAGAUCAGCAUUCACUGGCUGAUUUGCUAGGAAAAGGAGACGAGAUUUUGGACAUUCCAGCAGCAGUUUCUUCAACUGAUGUAUCAGACAUUCGAACUAUCUACGGUGCAAGUGGUAGAGGAGUCAUGCAGCUUGCCUUAAAAGGUCAUUCAUGGGUGCAAAAAUCUCAAUAUCUACUAUUCAAUUCUGUUUACGAGCUUGAAGCCCAAGUCUUUGGUACUCUCGAAACGAAAUUUUCUUUUCCCAUUUAUCCCAUUGGCCCUGUGAUACCCUACUUCGAAUUGAAAGACAAUUUCUGCACAAAUAUUAGUCCUGAUGGUCCCAACUAUCAAGAAUGGCUAAAUUUUCAACCUACUGGUUCAGUCUUGUAUGUAUCAUUGGGGAGCUUCCAUUCAGUUUCAAGUGAACAAAUGGAUGAAAUUUCUGCUGGACUGAAAAAUAGUGGUGUUCGAUACCUGUGGGUUGCGCGAGGAGAAACUUGUAGAUUGCAAAAGAGUUGUGGUGAUAUGGGAUUGGUAGUGCCUUGGUGUGACCAAUUGAAGGUGUUGUGCCAUUCUUCUGUCGGGGGCUUUUGGACUCACUGUGGGUGGAAUUCUACUCUUGAAGCUCUUUUUGCUGGCAUUCCAAUGAUUACAUUUCCUAUAACUUAUGAUCAAGUUCCAAAUAGUGAGAAAAUUGUGCAAGAUUGGAAGAUUGGGUGGAGAUUAAGGGGAAGAGGUGGAGAUGAAAAUUCGGUGAGUAGAGAAGAAAUAGCCGAGAUUGUGCAAAAGUUUAUGGAUAAAGAAAGCAUUGAGGUACAAGAAAUGAGGAAAAGAGCAAGAAAAUUUAGAGAAAUUUGUGAUGGAGCAACGGCAAAAGGUGGAACAUCUGGAGAAAAUCUUGAUGCUUUCAUUAAGGAGAUUUCACAAGGUCACAUAACUAUUGAGUAGCUGUGUGUAUAUUUAUUGAUCAAAUCAUCAAGA